AUGACACAGGCGCAUCCUAGGCAGAAUCGGAGUUGGGGACCAGGAGAACCGGAGCGGCAGCAGCAGCAGCAGGUAGCAGAGAAGAGACAGAGAAGUGGCAAGAAGAUCGGACGACGCGACCGACGAGACGCGACCGACGAGAUAGACAAGAUCAAGCCAGGAAGAUGGGGAGAGGGAAGUCAAGUAGGAACAGAGCCGGCAGCUCAAGCAAGCUAG